AUGUUUUAUGGGACUCACUUCAUCAUGUCUCCACCCACCAAGAGCAAGCUGAAGCGGCAGAGCCAGCUCUUGUCUAGCAUGCUGUCCCGGACACUGAGCUACAAGUGUCGGGACCUGGACCCCACCUUGUCCAGCCUGGGUUCCUGCGAUGACCCUGCUGAACUUUCCACCCAGCUCUCGGCCCCUGGGGUCCUGAAGGUUUUUGGGGACAGUGUCUGCAUGGGCACCCACUACAAAAGUGUCCUGGCCACUGCCACCUCUAGUGCCCAGGAACUGGUGAAGGAGGCACUGGAGCGUUAUGCCCUGGACCCCGAGUGUGCCAGACAGUAUGUGCUGUGUGAUGUGGUGGGCCAGGCCGGGGACCCCGGGCAGCGGUGGCAGGCCCAGUGCUUUCGAGUGUUUGGGGACAAUGAGAAGCCCCUCUUGAUCCAGGAAUUAUGGAAGCCCCGAGAAGGUUUAUCACGGAGGUUUGAGCUGAGAAAGAGGUCAGAUGUGGAAGAGCUGGCAGCCAAGGACGUGGAUACCAUCACGGCAGGGAUAAACGCUCAAGCCCGGAGGCUGCAGCGGAGCCGUGCGAAAGGAACCCCAGCCCCGGCCCUGGGGGUUGCUCAGAGCACCCCUCCACCCCGGCUGCGCCGCACAGUCAGUGAGACCAGCCUGAGCCCGGCUGGCACCCUGCCCGACGCCACCCAGGACCCCGAGGAACCUGGCCAGGACGCCAUGCGCUACUCUCUGUACCAGUCCCCACACCUGCUGCUCCUGCAGGGCUACAGCCAGCAGCACGACAGCUUGGUGUAUGUGCUCAAUCGGGAGCGGCACACGGUGGGCCAGCGGACCCCGUCCAGCAAGCCCAGCAUCAGCCUCUCGGCGCCCGAUAUCCUGCCCUUGCACUGCACCAUCCGCCGGCACCCGCCCCCGCCCCCGGGCAGCAGCCAGGCCGGCGGGAUGCUGGUGCUGGAGCCCAUCCCCGGGGCGCCUGUGUCGGUCAACUUCUCCGAGGUGGGGCGGAGGACGGUGGUGCUGCACCAUGGGGACCUGCUUUCCCUGGGCCUCUACUACCUGCUGCUGUUCAAGGACCCUGCGCAGGCCCAGCUGCUGCCCACCCAGGCCCUGGCUCAUCUCCGCUCCAUGCCACAGAGCUGCAGGCUGUGCGGCGCUGAGCUCAGGGCCCAAGGCAUCGCUUCUGCCUCAUCAGCUGUUCUGCCCCAGCGGAGGCAGUUGCACCUCGAGUUUGAGUCCGACCUGGAGGAUAUGCUGCUACAAAGGAUCAUGACACUGAUCGAGCCCGGGGGCGAUGACCACAAGCUGACCCCUGCCUUCCUCCUCUGCCUCUGCAUCCAGCACUCGGCCACCCACUUCGAGCCAGGCACAUUUGGACAGCUCCUGCUCAAGAUAGCCAAGAUGAUCCGUGAGACAGUCUGGGAAAAAACCAAAGAACUAGCAGAGAAGCAGGUGCAACUCCAGGAACCCAUCUCCUUGGCCAGCUUUUCCAUGGCUGACCUAGUUCCAGACCUGCAGCACAUUCUUUUCUGGAUGUCUAACUCCAUCGAGCUCCUGUACUUUAUCCAGCAGAAAUGCCCACUCUACAUGCAGAGCAUGGAGGAGCAGCUGGAUGUCACAGGCUCGAAGGAGUCACUGUUUUCCUGCACACUGACGGCCAGCGAGGAGGCCAUGGCGGUGCUGGAGGAGGUGGUGCUAUACUCCUUCCAGCAGUGCGUGUACUACAUCUCCAAGUGCCUGUACGUCUGCCUCCCAGCCCUCUUGGAGUGCCCCCCGUUCCAGACGGAGUGCCGGGAGAGCUGGUGCGUGACACCUGCACUGCCAGAGGAGGUGCGCCGCGUCGUGUCUGUCUACCAGGCGGCCCUGGACCUCCUGCGGCAGCUGCAGGUGCACCCCGAGGUUGCCUCCCAGAUGCUCGCCUACCUGUUCUUCUUCUCCGGCACUCUGCUCCUCAACCAGCUCCUGGACAGGGGCCCCUCCCUGAGUUGUUUCCACUGGCCUAGAGGUGUCCAGGCCUGCACCCGCUUGCAGCAGCUCCUGGAGUGGACAAGGAGCACCGGCUGCGGGGUGGCUGGAGAGCACUUCUUCCGGAAGCUCUCCUGCACCCUCAACCUGCUGGCCACUCCCAGCGCCCAGCUUAUCCAGGAUGUCCUGGAGUCCUAUGAAAACCCCCCACCCAUUGUUCUGCCAAGUGAGGGCUUCCAGGUGGAUUUGGAAGCAGACUGUCUGGAUGACCGCAUCUACCAGCACAUCCUCUAUAUCCGCCAUUUUCUGUGGAGCCUGCGGAGCAAAGCCAGCCCUGGCGGCGGGCCUGCCCAGCCAGAGUGCCUGGAGGACGCCAACCACACCAUCCCGGAGGGGCACCUGGAUGCCCAGAGCUGCCCCCUGGCUUCCAGGGACCCCAGCAGGGGAGCCCGAGAAGCCACCUUGGCACACUCUCUUCCUUCUGCCAGGGCUCCUCUGGCACAGGGCCCCCUGGGAAGGCAGCCAGGCCGCGGGGGCCGUGGGGGUUCCCAGGCCGGACCCCUGCACAUGGACUCCUCAUGCCUGCUCACACCUCCCAGCACCCCACUUGGACUUGAGCCCAGAGGCCCUGACUGGACAGAGCUCAGCAGCAACUGCGGGAAGGCGCUUCUGGAAGGGCAGAGGAAUGGCCCGUGCGGUCCCCGGGAAGCAGCUCCGGAAGGAGACUCUGUGGCCCCCAUGGAUGAGCCGCCUCUGGCCACUUCGAGCCGCAGCUCCAGCACCGAUGACUUCUGCUACGUCUUCAUGGUGGAGCUGGAGCGAGGCCCCUCGGGGCUGGGAAUGGGCCUGAUCGAUGGGAUGCACACGCCCCUGGGCACCCCAGGGCUCUAUAUCCAGACCCUGCUGCCAGGCAGCCCCGCAGCAUCUGACGGGCGGCUGUCGCUGGGAGACCGCAUCCUGGAGGUGAACGGCAGCAGCCUGAUGGGCGUCGGCUACCUGAGAGCUGUCGAUCUGAUCCGACACGGCGGGAAGAAGAUGAGGUUUCUGGUUGCCAAGUCUGAUGUGGAAACAGCCAAGAAAAUCCGCUUCUGCACGCCCCCUCCCUAGGGUGGUCGCGCCCCGCUUCCCUGAGCUUCUGUAGGUGACGCUGACCUUCAUCGAGCUGUUCGUUGUUUUUUAAAAGUAAUGAGUCAAGUUCUCCUUUGGUGGCAUCGCCUUCAGGACAUACCCUGUUGAUAAUGUACAUCUUGGUGUAUAUUUUAUUUAUAUGACAGAUAACACUAAGUUGUGAUGUUUAUUACAGAGCUUUUAUGUUUAAAGGCUUUAAUGAGAAGUGUAGAUUCAGUAAACUUUCUUUCAUAUUCUUAGAGAG